AUGAAGAGGAUGUGGGCGCUCCCGACGGGGUUGCUGCUCCAGCGUUCUACGAGAGGGUGCUGCCACACCGAGGGCAGCAGGGGCGGCGCCGGUGGUGCGGGUGCCGCGGAGUCGAUGCUGGAGGAGGCGCCCGUCUUCUACAGCUUGACCCACCCGUUGGACGAAGUCAGACCGCUGUCGGUGUUCGAUUGCUCUCCAUUUGGCGGCGGUUUCGAGGACGCUUGCCUCUGCCAAGUAAAGCAGCACGUCAAAUUCGGGGGGUGCGCUGGAGAAGCGUCUGGAGAUUCUCUUGUUAUCUCGAACCCUGCGUUCCGAGUCGUCUUCAGCAGCGCCUGUCUGCCCUUGGUCGUCUUGUACAACAAGGUCACCAAGCUCCACUCGUUCUGGCUCGUGCGCUCGCGCCGCGACGGCCAGCGCGAGCCUUGCGGCGAGUCGAGCGCUCUCCAGGAGACCGAGAGUCCCGCUCCGAGCGACGCGGAGUUUUUUUCGGCGCCCAAAAAAGAGCGCGCCGCGCUGAGCCACUUCGCGGACGGACUCCCCUGCUCCCCGCGCGAGCGGGCUGUCAAUGCGGACGUCGCCUUGGAGCACCUCUACACGGAGCGGCUGCCCACCGGCACCAGCCUGUCCAAGUUGGGUCCCGCAACUCAGGUUUUUUUUUUGGCCACCCACGAGGCGAGUCUCGCCGUCUGUUUCUUGAUUCCGCAGCGCGGCCUGCUCCAGUUCUUCGAAGUUAGCUGCGCCCCCGCCGAGAGGGCCGUCGGCAGCGGCGUGUCCGUCACCAAGACCUUCUCCCUCCCGUGUCUCAGCGCCGCGCCGCUCCACGGCCUCAACCCGGUCACCGUUCACCUCGCCUCCACCCCGGUCAGCGCCUCCUCCUACUACCUGCUCUUGGAUACCGACCGCCGCCUCUCUCUCUAUUCCAUGAACCAAAAAAUCUGCGACUGCCUCCUUCCCGACCGCUGCCCCCCCGCCAGCGGCUCUCCUUCUCCCGGCGAAGCCCACGCCUCGCGCGCGCUCCCCGACUCUCCCGCCCUCUCGCCGCCCCCUCGCGCCCCUCUGUGCCACAAAAUCCUCCAGCUUGCGCACCCGGUCGCCAACCGCCUCAACCUCCUCUUCGAAGACGGACGCUCUCUCCGAGUCGCCCUCAACCUCCACCCCCAGCACUCCAUCGUCUCCCACUGCUUCCGCGCCUCCUCUUGCACCCUCCCCGCCGACGUCUACAACGUCUUCCUCUCCGACUACCUGCGCUGGCACAGCUCCGCUCACGCCUCCUCGCUCUCCCACUACGACUCCUUCUCGCUCUACUUAGUCGCCCUCUCCGCCCCCUCCACCCACUCGCUCCCCACCCACUCCCCCGCUCCCCCCCACCCCCUCGACGACGCCGAUUGGCUCUAUCUGCUCUCUUCCCACCGCUCCCGCGCCGACCCCGUCCUCCCCCACCUCUUUCCCGCCUCCCCCCCGCCCCCCGCCCACCAACUGUCCCCCCACGCGCUCGCCCUCGCCUCCUCCUGGCACCUCAGACAAGAAGUCGCCGUGCUCAAACCCUACCUCAACCGCAUCAUCCACGGCCUCCACCUCCUCUUCGAAAACGCCAAACUCAGCACCCUCACCUCCAACACCGCCCACAAACUCGCCUUCACCCUCCUCGACCUCUCCUACCUCCUCGGCUGGACCAACUACCUAACUCACUACCUCCUCUUCCUCUCCAACCGCGAUCGCCUCCGCCACCGCAACCGCUCCAUCAUCCCCGCCGUCCGACAACUCCUCCACUCCCCCCCCUCCUCCCACGCCCCUCCCCCCCACACUCACCGCCCAAUAGAACCCCUCUACAAGUCCCCCCCCUCCAUCUACCGCUGGCUCCACCGCUGCCUCCGCGGCAUCCGCGAACCCUUCCCGCUCCUCAACGCCCAGCGCAACCCCUGCGACCUCACCCGCAAAAUCUGCACUCUCUACCGCGUCCUCCGCUUCGGCCCCCACCGACAACCCGCCCACCCCCGCUCCCCCUGGCUCCAGCGAGCGCGCGCCAUGGUCCUCUCCCUCGCCGACGACCUCCGCGGCCUCCCGGAACUCGACUCCCUCCCCUUCGGCGUCGCGCUCCCCAUAAGGGAGGCCCUCUACGCCGUCAGGCACCACCCACCCACCAACUGGAACCACCGCUGCUACGAAAUCAUCGGCCGCACCGACCUCGCUCUCCAACACCUAAACUUCGAAACCCUCUCUCAAACCAAAGCCACCCUCAAGGAACGCGCCCACAAACCCACCGCCCCCCUCGACCACCCUCAACAACCAACCCCCUCCCAACACGACCUCCUCCUCAAAACACUCUCUCAACCCUUCCUCGUCUCCGACGAACCAGACCACCCUCCCCGCGACCCACCCACCUCCAACCGCCACGACGACCUCCCCCACCCGCACCAUCCUGACGUCCUCAACCCCACCGCCCUCAUGCGCUUCUCCCGCGACGACAGACUCCUACACGCCUCCAAACUCCUCCGCUCCACUCGCCCCAUCAGACUCCGCCUCCACCCCGACGCCGAACGCCUCAGCGAACUCGACAAACUCAACGCGCUCAAGUCUCAACUCCACCUCCGCCUCCACCGCAACUUCGCCCUCUCCGUCGGCAGGGGCAUGCUCAGACUCUCCGGCGAACUCGACACCUCCCGCCUCUUCCUCCACCCCCCCCACCAAGCCCCCGUCUCCUCCAGGUCCGACUGGUUCACCGUCCCACCCCUCGCCACCUCCGGCUACCUCCCAGGCGUCAAGGGCUCCAUAUCCCUCCCCGACGACCUCGACCUCGACGCCGAGUCCACCUGGCCCAACUUCCACAACGGCGUCGCCACCGGACUCUACGUCACCCCCUCCCACGUCGAGCGCCUCACCUCCUCCUGGAUCUCCUAUAACCGCACCAAAAUGGAACUCACCGACGCCCACGCCGGCUUCCUCUACGCUCUCGGCCUCCAAGGACACCUCCAACAACUCGACCUCACCACCGUCUAUGAGUACCUCUUCACCGCCCAUCCGCUCAUCUCCGCCGGACUGCUCCUCGGACUCGCCUCCUGCUCAUACGGCACCGCCUGCUCCACCACCUCCAAAGUCCUCGGCAUCCACUUCUCCCCCACCUCUCCCGACGCCGCCACCGACCUCGACUCCCACCACAUCAUCCGCAGCGCCGCCGCGCUCGGCUCCUCUCUCGCUUCGGCUCCGUCCAGCAAGACCUCGCCAACCGCGAAGCCUACGCUCUCUCCUGCGGCAUCGCUCUCGGAUUCGUCUGUCUCGGCCAAGGCUCCAACUCCGUCGGACUCGCCGACCUCGACAUAUCCAACCGACUCUACUCCUUCAUGCACGGCGCCAAACAACCUCAAACUCACGCCUCUGAAACCAUCCACUCCAACGCCCUCGCCGCCCAACUCGCUCGCCGCGUCGGCGACACCGUCGCCUCCCGCCUCGCCCUCCCCCACACCGCCUUCCUCCUCGAAUACAUCCGCCCUGACCUCCAACUCCAACGCACCAUCUGCAAAAAUAUCGUCCUCUGGGACCACAUCCAACCCACCAAACGCUGGCUCCACCUCCAACUCCCCCCUGACUCCCUCCGCGUCCAAUCCCAACUCCUCCUCCCCCUCACCCUCCGCGACGCCAACCUCCUCCUCGACCCCGACUUCCACACCUACAAAACCUCCUACCUCUGCAUCUCCGCCGGCGCCUACAUGUCCGUCGGCCUCAAAUUCGCCGGCACCCACCACCAACCCGCCUUCCUCUUCCUUCUGCGCGCCUCCAAACUCUUCCUCAAACUUCUCAACUCCGCCGACAAAUCCGAAAAACACCUCCUCGACCUCUGCUCCUGUCAAACCUUCCUCGCCCUCAGCCUCGUCGUCGCCGGCACCGGCAACCUCCGCGUCCUCUCUCUACUCAGAAAACUCCGCUCUCGACUCAACGCCUCCUCCGUCUACGGCUACCACAUGGCCAUCGGCAUGGCCAUCGGCCUCCUCUUCCUCGGCGGCGGCCUCUACUCCCUCAACACCUCCAACAAAGCCAUCGCCUCCCUCAUCUGCUCCCUCUACCCCAUCUUCCCCUCCUCCGUCACCGACAACCGCUACCACCCACAACUCUUCCGACACCUCUACGCACUCGCCACCGAGUACCGCUGCCUCGAAACCAGAGACGUCGAAAACCUCUCCAGGUGCCACGUACCCCUCACCCUCCUCGUCAAAUCCCCCUCCUCCCCCCUCCUCCAACCCAUCCACGCCGUCUCCCCCUGUCUCCUCCCCCCCCUCCAUUGGAUCUCCCGCGUCCGCGUCAACUCCCCCAGGUACUGGCAAAAAACACUCCUCCCAGACACCAACCCACUCCAUCGCCACCUCCUCACCAACCAACACUACCUCCUCGUCAUGCGCCGCAUGGGCUACCUCCCCUACCACCAAGACCCAAACAUGAGCCGCUCUCUCCUCUCUCGCUCCUUCGCCCCCCCCCUCCCCCACU